AUGCAAGUGUUCAGUACAAUUGUCAUUCAGUUUAUUUUGCUUCUAUACACUACCAAUUAUGUCAUAUCACUUAAAUGUUAUCAGUGUAAUUCACAUAAUGAUAAUGCAUGUAAUAGUAUUACUGAUUCACGAGAACGACCUAAAGAAUGUCCACCACAUCUACAAGCAUCAUGUAAAACUAUAGUUCAGGAGGCACCAUAUAUGUAUAGUCAUAAUGUUACGAAUAGGCCAACUGUACGAAUCUAUCGUGAUUGUAGUGCAAUCUCACCGGAAUUCCCUCAAUGUAUAGACAGAGUGGGUACAGAUAAAGUGAAAAUGCGUUAUUGUAUUUGUACAGAUGAUGCAUGUAAUCAAAGUGUUCUAACUAACAGUGUUCAAGUCAAAUCAAUAUUCAUUUCAAUAGCGUUCAGUAUCCUAAUUUAUUUAUUCUCAUUAAAUUAAUUAAGAUUCAGUAAUUUGAUCAAUGUGGUAGAAAUCAAUCAAAUGAUGAAUCGGAAGAAAAGAUUUAUACAACUGUUGUUAUUCUCUUUCUUUUUUUUAGAUUCUAAACUUAUUAUUACUAAUAAUUAGAUCAUUAGUUUAUAUUCAUUCGAAAUUAUGUAACUAACUAGUAUCUAUAUGAAUCCAUUCAAUGUGAA